UUUUAUUUUGAAAAGGCUAACCAGAAGUUGUGUGUGGGCUGAGCGUAGGUGUUUUGACAGACGUGCGUCCAGGCGGCGGAGGCACACACUAAAGCUGUGCGCGCACACAAAGGAAGGCUCGGUAUGUCGGAUGAAGAUUCCUAUGCCAGCACUAGCUCUUCCUCCUCUUCAUCCUCAACUCAUCAGCAGCAGCAUCAGCAGGAGACCAACCCACCCAAGAAACGAGAAAGCAAAGGCAGCAUGAGCAAGACCUCCAAGCUCCUUUCUACCAGCGCUAAAAGAAUUCAGAAGGAGUUGGCUGACAUCACGUUGGAUCCACCACCAAACUGCAGUGCAGGUCCAAAAGGAGACAACAUCUACGAGUGGCGGUCAACCAUCCUGGGCCCUCCAGGCUCGGUGUACGAGGGAGGCGUGUUCUUCCUGGACAUCGCCUUCACGCCAGACUACCCCUUCAAACCACCCAAGGUGACGUUCCGUACGAGGAUCUACCACUGUAACAUCAACAGUCAGGGUGUGAUCUGUCUGGACAUCCUGAAGGACAACUGGAGUCCUGCCCUGACCAUCUCCAAGGUCCUCCUGUCCAUCUGCUCCCUGCUCACAGACUGUAACCCCGCCGACCCACUGGUUGGAAGCAUCGCAACACAGUACACAACCAACAGACCUGAACACGACAGGAUAGCCAAACAGUGGACCAAACGCUACGCCACAUAAUCAGCAGAGCGGCCGCCGCCGUGACAAGAUGUGGAUUGUGGAUUUGGGACUUGGGGGGGGGGGGGUGCACCUUUUUAUCCUGGAAGUCUUAACUCCUGACAUUAUAAUUUUUUUUAAGUUAUCUUUGGCCCGCCUACAGUCAGAUUUGCACUGAUGCGUCGGCCUCCUGUGGAUUUUAGCUUUGUGCUUGCAGACGGAUUCUGCUGCGGCAGCAUGACGCCCAGUCGCUCACGUCCCUGUAAAUCUUGUUCCUGUCCUCAUGUAGACUUCUUUAGACAAUUAAUGGAUAUUGGUUGUUAUUUGUUUUGGUUUUUUUUCCUUUUUUUUUUCCUGAUGAAUAAAAUCUGACCAACUGA